CACUAAUCCACUUUUUUAUAUUGCUUCAUUGAGACACAUAGCAUAGUAAUUUUCAUCCUAUAUAUAUCAUGGCCUCCGAACCCCCACAGUAUAAAGUUCUCUUAGUCGGAGAUGGAGGAACUGGCAAAACGACUUUUGUCAGACGUCACCUAUCGGGAAAUUUUGAACGCAAAUAUAUCCCUACAAUUGGCGUGAAUGUAGAACCCAUUCUUUGGCAUACAACGCGAGGCCCUGUUCUUUUAAAUAUCUGGGAUACAGCCGGUCAGGAGAAGUUCGGAUAUCUCCGCGAAGGUUACUAUAUCAAUGGAAAUGCUGCGAUUAUAAUGUUCGACGUCACGUCUCGCACUACAUAUAAAAAUGUUCCUAACUGGCAUCGAGAUAUCAAUCGUGUUUGUGCCAAUGACAUACCCAUUGUAUUGUGCGGUAACAAGGUAGAUGUCAAAGAUCGUGAUGUAGUUCCAAAGAAUAUUAAUUAUCACCGCAAAAAAAAUCUCACAUAUUUCGAGAUUUCUGUCAAAAGUAAUUAUAACUACGAAAAGCCCUUCAUCUACUUACUUCGUAGGCUGAGCCACGAUGACAAGCUUUCUCUUGUUCAAGAACCCGCUCUUCUUCCACAGGAGUUAACAGUUGAUUUAGAAGCUCAGAAAGCCAAUGAGGCCAUUAUAGCUGCUGCAGACGCAGACUUCCCGGCAGAUGAAGAUACCUUCUAGUAAUCCUCAGCGAAUUGAUGAAAACCAGCGCAACUGUUCUACGAAUAACAAUUGUAUGAGUAAAAAGUUUGUCUAUUACCCAAAUGAAUAUUUUACUCCAAAUGCUAUCAGCAUCCUGAUAAGUACCUUUGUACUAAUAUUAACCAAUGAAUGUGAAUUUUUUCUACUCUGAGAGGAAUGGCAGAUUUGAUAAUUUUCGUAUUCUCAAUUUACAAAUUGAACACAUAUUCUCUCAGAUUAAGCGGU